UUUUUUUCCUUAACCCAUCGAUUAAAAUUUACAAAAUUUCAAUAUGAGUGAUAUAAUGAACAAAGAAGAAAUAAUAAGAGAAGAAAUAGUUGAUGAUAUAUCACCAACACGAACAAAUACAUACGUUGAGGAUAAUAGGGAUACAAUAUUCUCUGAUAUAAGUAAUUCAACUUUGGUCGAAUCAAUACCGAGAAUAAUAACAACGAACGUUGAUGGUAAAGAAAAAAAUGUUGAAUUCACUACAGAAGAACAAUAUAAUGGCAAAAGAAAAACAUCAAUAUAUAAACCUGUACAAAAACCUCCAUUACAAGUAUCUCCGACAUCAGUUUUUCAUAUCUUCAGAUUUGCGACAUCUGUCGAUUAUUUUUUAAUGACAUUAGGAAUGUUUUUUAGUGUAUUAAGUGGUUUACUUAUACCAUUAAUGACACAUUUAUUAGGAAAAAUAUUCGGCGCUUUUACAGACAAACAAAUUGGUGCUAUAACAAAUCAAGUAUUUGAAGAAAAAAUAAAAACAUUAUUAUUCCAAUUUUCAUUAUUAGGAGUAGGAUCUUUUGUGCUUAUGGGUUCAAUGAUAACAUGUUGGAUGUGGACUGGUGAAAGACAAUCUAAAAAAAUGAAACAAAUUUAUUUCAAAUCUUUAUUAAGAAUGGAAAUAGCAUAUUUUGAAAGAGAUGAUGUAACUUCAGGAGGUUUAUUAACUAGUGUAAAUAAAGAUACUGAAGAUGUACAGGCUGUCAUUUCAGAACAUAUGGGUUACUUGAUACAAGAUGUUGUUACAGUUGUAAGUACAUUUGUAUUAGCAUUUAUUAGUCAUGCUAUACUUACACUUGUAAUAUUAGCUUCUAUGCCAUUAUUGCUUCUCUCAUUAGCUUACACUUCACGUAGAGCUAGUCCAUUAAUUGUACAAGAACGUGAUAUUUUUGUUCAAGCCGGAAAUGUAUUAGAAAAUGCGUUAUCAGCUAUAAAAACAAUAAGAGCAUUUAAUGGUGAAGAAAAAGAAGAGAAAAAACAUCAAAAUUAUUUACAAGCUGCAAAUAGUGUUUCGUCAAGUUUAGCUUGGACAUAUGGUUUAAGAUCUGGUUUAACUCAAUUUCUCAUAUUAUCAUUAUUUGUACAAGGGUUUUGGUUUGGAGCCACUCUUGUAGCCAAUAAAAGAUUAGCUCCAGGUGAAGUUUUAAGCGUAUUUUAUUCCGCAAUGUUAGGAUUAGGUGUUCUUAAAAACAUUUUACCUAGAAUAGUUUCAAUUGAAAGAGGAAAAAAUGCUGUUAAUUCUAUAAACAUUUUAUUAGAAAAAGUCGCUUUAAUGGAAUUAGAAGCUUUAAGAGGUUUUAAAUUAUCAAAAAUCGAAGGAAAUAUUGAAUUUAAUCAAGUUAGUUUUUCUUAUCCAAGUCGUCCUGAUACAUGGGUAUUAAGAAAUAUUGAUUUAUAUAUACCAGCAUAUCAAACAACAGUAUUCGUAGGUGAAAGUGGUUCAGGAAAAUCUACAAUAACUCAAUUAAUUCAAAGACUUUAUGAACCUGAAGAAGGUUUAAUUAUGUUAGAUGGCCGGGAGUUAAGAAUACUAAAUAUUUCUUGGUUAAGACAACAAAUUGGUGUCGUAAGCCAAGAACCCGUACUUUUUGAUGAUACCAUAUUCGCUAAUGUCGCUUAUGGUAGAGCAGAUUAUUGGAAUACCACUAUGAAAGAAGUCGAAGAUGCUUGUAAAUUAGCUUGUAUUCAUGAUUUCAUAAUGGAAUUACCUCAAGGUUAUGAUACUGGCUUGGGUGAUAUGGGUAAAAAAUUAUCAGGUGGACAACGACAAAGAAUUGCCAUCGCACGUGCUUUAAUUAAAGAUCCUGCCAUACUUAUUUUGGACGAAGCAUCAAGUGCAUUGGAUAUGACCUCUGAUCAUAUGGUACAAAAAGCUCUUGAAAAUUGUAGAAAGAAUAGAACCACAAUUGUUGUUACUCAUCAACUCAAACAUAUUGGAGAUUCAGAUUUGGUUUACGUCAUGAAUGAAGGUGAAAUCGUUGAAUCUGGUACAAAAUCACAAUUGUUGGAUAUUAAAAAUGGUUAUUAUAAUAAACUUUCAGUAGACCAUUCCCCAAAUCCUAAACGUCGUACUCCUGAAUUAGAUAGUAUUAAUAAAAGAUUAAAUUCACAUGAAUCUCAACAAAUUUGUACAACUCCUACAUCAUUAAAAGCCAAAAGAGUCUCAGCAAUGAAUUUUUUAUCAGCUGAUCUUUCUUUAUCCCCACCACCAAGUGCCACUUUCAGUCGAAAAUCAUGGUAUUUUGAAGAUCCUAUGGAUAUGGACAUGUUACAAGGAAGUGCUACCGCAGCAUUUUCUAAAAGGAAUGAAAUAAAUGAUAAUAGUACCUCAAUAAAUGAUAUAAUUAGUUAUUAUGAAGAUAAUGAUGAUGGCGUAAUAAUCGAUGUUUUAGUAACAAAUCCUGAUGAAUCGAAAUCCGAAAAUACAGAACAACAAAAAUUUAAAUUUCCUAUUAUUAAACUCAUAAGAGAGACCAUGGAUAAUAAAUCAUUUUAUUAUAUUGGAAUAAUAGCUACCGUCAUUAAUGGACUUGUCAUGCCCGCAUUCUCAUUCGUAUUAGCAAACUUAUUAAAUACUUAUUCAAUAGCUGAUAAAGAUAAACUUAUGUAUGAAUCAAGAAAAUUCGCAUUAUACGUUCUUUUGAUUGCCAUAAUAAAUGGUAUAUCAACACAUUUUAAAUAUUACUUAUUAGAAAGAGCAUCAGAAAGGUGGGCAGUCCGUUUAAGACAUUUAGGAUUUGGAAAAGUAUUACGUCAACCACAAUCAUGGUUUGAUAAACCAGAAAAUGCUACCGGUAAAGUAACAACGAUAUUGACAACAGAUACUGAAUCAUCAAAAAAUUUAAUAGGACAAUUCGCUGGUAACAUAAUACUUGGAUUGAUAUCACUAUUUGGUGGCAUAAUAUGGGCAUUUGCUGUCGGAUGGCAAUUAACUUUGGUUGGAUUUGGAUUAGUACCACUAUUACUUAUUAUAUCCGAAUUACAAGGUUUCAUUCUUCAAAAAUAUGAAAAAUCACAAAAACUUGCAACAGAAAAUGCUGCAAACUCUUUUUAUCAAACAAUUUCAAGUUUACGUACGGUAUUUUCUCUUGCGAUCGAACCUGCUAUGGAAAAUAAAUUCCAUUCAUCCUUAGAAAAACCUUAUAAAAUUGGUGUUAAAAAAGCAUUUAUUUGUGGUUUUACUUCUGGAUUUUUGGAUUCUUUAUCAUAUUUAACCAAAGUUGUAACAUUUGGAUAUGGAGCCAAAUUAGUUUCCGAUGGAGUUUAUGAUCUUCAAACAAUGCUCGUAGUUUGGACCUUGGUUAUAUUUUGCACUACAUCAGCAUCUCAAAUGCUUGCCACUAUUCCGUAUUACGCCAAAAGUAAACAAGCAAUUAAAACAAUUGAUAAAAUUAUUAAUUUACCAGUGACAUCAAAUACCGAAGGUAUUAAACCUAAUCAUAUUCAAGGUACAAUUGUAUUUAAAGACGUUAAAUUUUCAUAUCCAGAAAGACCCGAUACAACAGUACUUAAUGGGCUAGAUUUAACCAUACAUCAAGGUCAAACUGUUGCAUUAGUAGGAAGAAGUGGUAACGGUAAAUCAACUGUAGCAGCUUUGUUACAAAGAAUUUAUGAACCAACACAUGGUAGCAUUAUGUUAGAUUAUGAAGAUUUAAAAGGUUUAGAAUUACGUUGGUUAAGAGAAAAUGUUGGUAUAGUUAGUCAAGAACCAGUAUUAUUUGAUAUGACAAUUGCUGAAAAUAUUUCUUAUGGUAAAGAUGAUGCUACUAAAGAAGAAAUCGAAACCGUUGCUAAACAAGUUAAUUUACAUGAGUUUAUACUUAAUUUACCAAAUGGUUAUGAUACUAAACUUGGUUCAUGUGGUUCUCAAUUAUCUGGUGGUCAAAAACAAAGAAUUGCUAUUGCUAGAGUUUUAUUAAUAGAUCCUAAAAUAUUGAUAUUGGAUGAAGCCACAAGCGCUCUAGAUACAACUAAUGAAGCCAUUGUACAAGAAACUCUUAGUAAAGUUCAAAAAGGUCGUACAACACUGGUUAUCACUCAUCGUCUUAAAAGUGUAAAGAAUUCGGAUAAAAUUGCUUUAGUUGAGGGUGGUAAAAUUCUUGAAUCUGGUACUCAUAAAGAAUUAAUGACACUUCGUGGUGAAUAUUUUGAAUUAGUUAGAAGCGGUAAUUUGUAAAGAGUAGUGCUUGAAAAGGAAAAAAAAAAUAAAAAUAAAAAUAAUUCAAUCAAUUUUUGUCCCUGGUGGAC